AUGUCUCGAAAAGCCUUUGAACUCCAAGAGCUGUUUGAAUCGGCGGUUGCGAAAUUGAUUCACACGAACUGCAUUGCAACACUGGUCAUGAAAUCGAUGCUGAUGAAGCUCGUGUACUCAUUGAUAAAAUUGAAAGAACACAUUGGUCCCUCAUUGACACCUACAGAAAUCUUCUCGUUGCCAUUGAUGCUGAAGCAAGAGUGA